GCGCGUGUGAUUUUCAACUUUUUAGGUUUCUAUUAAACCCUCUCUUUCACCUUCACGAACCCACAUUUCCCCUCUUUGACACCCCAUUCCACCUUUUGCCACUUCUCUGUUUUUUUUCCUUUCCCUCCUUUCUCUGUUUUCGUCUUCUUCUCUGUUCCUCCUUUCUGUUUCUUCUUCUUCUCCUGGGUGUUUGGCUGCUGAGAAAAAUGACCAAGCAAAAUGUGGUUGUUUCCGAUGUGAAAGGCGUGGCAAUUUCGGUUGCCGUGUCGAACCAGUCCUUUUUUUCUUCAUCGGUGGUUCCGAGCCAUCUGGAUGCACCAGGUGGCUGCAUCACCAUUUCUAGGAAUAAGCUCCUGAGGCUUGAAAAUGGAGGUGGAGCUAGGAUCAGUGCUUGGGUUGAAUCCAUGAGAGCUUCUUCUCCUUCCCGUAUGAAAUCCAAUAAUACUUCCUCACUUUCUGAAAAAGAAACCGAUGAGCAAAGCUCUUGGACUCUCCAUCACCCAUCAGCUUUGCGCAUGUUCGAGGAAAUAACAAGUGCUUCAAAGGGGAAGCAGAUUGUGAUGUUUCUUGACUACGAUGGUACCCUCUCCCCCAUUGUUGAAGACCCAGAUCGUGCCUUUAUGUCCAAUAAGAUGAGAAAUGCUGUGAGAGACAUAGCCAGAUACUUUCCAACAGCUAUAGUCAGCGGGAGGUGCAGAGACAAGGUUUAUAGCUUUGUGAAAUUGGCAGAGCUUUACUAUGCUGGUAGCCAUGGAAUGGACAUUAAAGGACCAUCAAAAUGUCAUAAAUACAAGAAUGAGAAUAAAGCAGUCUUCUAUCAACCUGCCAGUGAAUUUCUACCUAUGAUCGAUGAGGUGUACAAAAUACUGUCGGAGAAAACAAAAUCAAUCCCAGGGGCCAGGGUAGAAAACAACAAGUUCUGUUGCUCUGUACACUUCCGUUGCGUUGAUGAGAAGAGUUGGGAUGCUUUGGCAGAUCUAGUUAGUGUAGUGCUCAAUGAGUAUCCAAAACUCAGAUACACUCAAGGAAGGAAGGUAUUAGAGAUCAGACCCACAAUUAAAUGGGACAAGGGCAAAGCCCUGGAGUUCUUGCUAGAGUCACUAGGAUAUGCCAAUUCUAAUGAAGUAUUACCAGUAUAUAUUGGAGAUGAUCGGACCGAUGAGGAUGCGUUCAAGGUUCUGAAAGAUAGAGGACAAGGAUUUGGAAUCCUUGUUUCUAAAGUUCCAAAGGAAACAAGUGCUACUUAUACUUUGAAAGAACCAUCUGAGGUUAAGGACUUUUUGCGGCGGUUGGUAAAGUGGAAAAGAUUGUCAAUGUGAAGGAAAUAUUAGAAAGAAAGAGAGAGGGAGAGAAGUGAGGGGUGUAAAAACACAGAAGAAAAUGAACCCCACCCCAAAAUUUUGUCAAGGGUGGGUUAAUUAUUGUAAUUUUUUAAUGUUAAUUAAAUGAUUAAAAAAAAUUCCUAAAAUUUUGGAAAAUGUA